AUUAAACCGCUACAGUUAUUGCGGCACUUUGAACCAUCAUGUUCCCUCCUGAAUUCCCAACUGAUACCUUGAGAGUUUUUUUGCAGGAAAUUCUUUUAGCUAGCAAAUAAUAACACAGCUGGGAGGGGACUGAUAGUUUAGCAGGAUAUUAAAGUGUGUUGGAUUAAAGAUUAAUUUGAAUAUGCACUUUGGGUUGAAAUUUCAUUCCGAGUGCUGGCACAGCCUCACACCUCUGCCGGAGUCCCUGCGUUAGGAGCAUGAGCUGCUUCGGAGAGGUCCUCGCCGCUAUUGGGGAGUUUGGUGCUUUUCAGAAGCGCCUGCUGUUAGCAGUAUGUAUCCCCAACCUUUUCACAGCCUUCCACAUGUUCGGCCAAGUGUUCAUGGUGCUGGACGUCCCGCAUCACUGCAACACCAGCUGGAUUUUGAGCCUGGGACCCAACCUGACCGUGGACGAGCAACGGAACCUGACCCUCCCGAGGAAAGAUGGGCAGUAUGACUCCUGUCUAAUGUUCACCCCCGUGUCCUUGGACCUGGACGAGAUCAGGGAGUACGGGCUGAAUGAGACCACCAAGUGCAAGGAUGGAUGGGUGUAUGAGAAUCCCCAGGGCAGCAACACCAUGCUGUCAGAGUUUAACCUGGUGUGUGACAACGGAGUGCUGAAUGAGGUCUCGCAGUCUAUCUACAUGGCCGGGCUCCUGAUUGGGGCUCUGGUGUUUGGCCCAAUGGCGGACAAAUACGGACGUCGGACCGUGAUCCUGAUCUCUCUGCUGCUGCAGGUGAUCUUUGGAGUAGGGGCGGCCUUCGCACCAAACAUCUACGUCUACAUCGGCUUUCGAUUUGUGGUUGGCACGACGAUAUCUGGGAUAGGCCUAAACACAUUUGUCCUAGGUGCUGAGUGGUGUGGAGUUUCCAAGCGGACCUUCUGCACCAUCAUGCCCCACGCUUGCUUUGCCGUUGGCCUGAUGGUGCUGUCGGGCAUCGCCUACGGUAUCAGGGACUGGAGGACCCUGCAGCUCGUCCUCAGUGCCCCUGUCCUCGCCCUUGGCAUCUACUUCUGGAUCCUUCCAGAAUCUGUACGGUGGCUUCUGACCCAAGGGAAAAGAAAGCAGGCCAAGAAGCUGAUUAUGAAGGCGGCAAAAGUGAACAAGAAGGAGAUCCCAGAAUCUCUCCUGGAUAAGAUAGAAGUCGAGCAUGACACCAAGGCCCAGACUGGUAGCUUUUUGGAUCUUAUCAGAAUCCCUUUCCUGAGGAAGCGAAUGCUGACCAUGAGCUACGUCUGGUUUGUGACUAGCCUGGUGUACUAUGGUCUCAGCCUGAACGUGGGGAGUUUUGGCCUGGAUAUUUAUCUCACGCAAUUCAUCUUCGGCUUUGCCGAACUCCCUGCCCGUUUGGGCAGCAUCCCGGUCCUCGACCGUUUCGGAAGGAAGAAAUGCCAGAGCCUUGUGCUGAUCUUCGGGGGGGUGGUCUGCCUCCUCAUCCUUGCUGUUCCGGAAGGACUGCCUGUGGUGGUGACCAUCUUGGCAGCAAUCGGCAAAUUUACUCUUGCUGCCUCUUUCUCCAUCGCAUAUACGUACUCUGCUGAACUGUACCCGACAGUCAUCAGGCAAAAUGGCGUGGGUAUGAACUCCAUGGCAGCCCGUGUGGCUGGAAUUUUGGCUCCUCUGAUCCGACUUCUGGAGGUCUACCACCACUCCAUCCCCAUGAUCAUAUAUGGGGUCAGUCCCCUGAUUGGCGGGGCACUCUGCAUCCUGCUGCCCGAGACUCUGAAUGCGGAGCUCAUGGAUCACACACAUGCCUUAGCGGAUGAGGAAGUGUCCUCAGAAAACCCAAGGAUUGAAAAUGGACUCCUGCACAGUCAAGAACUGAAAGAAGUGCAAGUAAAGAUGACAAAGUUAUAGAUGUUCUUUGUAGGAUGUCAUUGCGAUGUAAACUUCCAUAAUUGUUUAAAUUUCUAAAGGUGUAUAGCUUUUGUGAUAUUUAGUUGCACUGUUUAAAAUCCCUGUACUUAUUAACGCAUGCAUAGCUUAUAUUAAAUGUAUAUACAUUCUUCAGGGGAUAGAAAUAAUUCAUUUACAAUUUAUAGUACAUACUAUGUGCAAAGAUCCUAUAUUUACUACAUAUAUAAGUGUGCCUCAUUAAAAGAAGCCAUUUGAAAUAUACUGUUCCACUAAAAUAGCUAGUUAUUUAAAGUCAUAUAUUUUCUUUACCAUAUUUUUCAUUUAAGAUAUUAUUUAUGCUUGAAGAAAAUAAAAAUACUCAGCAAAGAUCA